GGCGACUCCGAGGCCAUCCGAGGGCUCUAGAUCUCAGAGCCCUAGCCCGAGCCCUAGCCCUAGAAAUGCGGUGCCGUUGCCUUCGGAAUCUUUUAGAUCUUUGAGCUUUGGUUCUAGAGAGAAGACGAUGUCGAAUUUGAGCCCUAAGGAUGGGGAUUCUUUGCCGGUGAAAUCUCAGACGGUGGCGCCACCGCCGCCGGUUCAAGUUCCUCCGCCGCAGUUUGAGAAGAAAGGAGGGAAGUGGUCUGGAUCAGGAUUUGGGUUCUUUUGGGAAGCUGUUGCUAAAAUCCAAGAUGCACAUUCGAGCUUGGACCAGUACCUUGCAGAUUGGCUAGGGUUAGAUCAGUCGAGGUAUCAGUGGGCGCUGAAUGAUUACUACGAGAACAGUGGAGCUCUGAAGGACGUCAGUAAGCCCCAAGAACUUGUUAGCAAACAGCAAGCUGUGUAAUCUGCUAGCGGAAUUUUGUCAGUGUAUAUGUAUGAUAUUUAUUUUAAUGUGGAGUCAAGGUCUUGAUCUGGAACUUCUCCGGACUUGCAGCAGCAUCAGAUGUGCAGGCUAUUGUAAUGUAUGAGAGCCAGAAGUGCUAGCUUUCAAAAAAUAUUACUAGCUUGAGAAAUUAUUGAUGGGUCAUAGUUUUAUUUUGACCGAGGGUGGAAUCCUCCUUUUCUUUAUGGUUUGCUUAAGAUA